AUGACAUAUUUAGCUGUCGGGUCCUGUCGUGUGCAACGGUUCGAUGAGUUAGAACAGGUGCAUUCUUCCCUGGUCGAGAGUGAAGCUAGCCUGAGAAGUAAGGUUGCGGAUUUAAGUGCUAUGGUUGUUUGUAUGGAGGGUGAGAACAUGUAUUUGGUUUCAGGGAAGUCAGUGUUAGAGGAUGUUCGUGGUGUUUUGGAGAGUCAAGUGGUGUCUUUGACCCAAGAAAAUGAAGGUUUGAUGAUUCAAAAUGAGAGCUUGGAGCAAGAUGUUGUUGACCGUGAGUGGGAGGUAGAGGUGUUGAAGGUGGAUUGCAGUUGGCUCCUCCAGGUGGGCCUUGUACAUGUGAUGGAAAAACUUCUUGAGCACCCUGAGUUCACCAGUGGUAUUAGUCGCAUUCGUCAUGCUGCCUUUGUCGUUGGUGAAGAGUCGGGCUGGGCGAAUUUGAAAGCCCAGGUUGAUGCCGGGACAUACGAUCCCUCGACUAGCGACUCGCGAUCUAGUCAUUCUUCGGUGUUGGAUGAUGCUUUACUGGCUUUCGCAACUAUGGAUUUCGCUAGUUUGCUUGGAUUAGGUAAUUUGGACAUUGAUGGGGUGAGAGCGCUGUGUACUUUUGAUGAUAGUGAGGAAGGUCUGGGUGAGUUGGGUUUAGGUACUGUUGGUGGUGACGGGGAUGGUGUCGGUGGGAGUGGCGGUGGCGAUGGUAAUGGAGGUGGCGGUGGCAUUGGUGCUGUUGGUGAUAGCGAUGGCAAUGGUAAUGGGGACGGCGGUGGCGUUGGUGCUGUUGGUGGUGGUGAUGGUGAUGGGGAUGGCGGUGAUGUUGAUGCUGUUGGUGGUGGCAAUAGUGAUGGGGAUGGUGGUGGUGUUGAUGAAACUAUCUAG